AACUGCUCUGAGCGAGAUACUGAGAGCAAGGGAGUGCCUCAAGCAGAACAGGAUCUGGGGUUGGGGUGGGAUCUGUUGAUUCAGCAGCAGCCCACCUAAGCCCCUGGUCCCCAGCAAUAAGGAAUGGCCCAGCAGGAACUCUAUGGGAACUGGCUGUGUCCUCCACCAUCACCAGGGAAGAGACUGGUGAGACAAACAGGGAUUUACUUAUUAUCAGGGGGACCAGCACAUGCAAGUCACUUCAGAUCUGGCUCACCUGAUAGUUUUUCCUAUGAGGAGGAUUAUGACGAUGUGUCCAUGUCCGAGAUGGGACAUCAGAUGCAACAGAGGCUACCAGUUUAUAAAGACAAUACAGAUGUAGCAAGCCAGAGAAGCAAGGAAGGCACAGGUGUUUAUGUGCUAGCCGGGAAACCAGCAUCUUCAAGUCUCCCAAGGACAGCUGACCCCAUUCCUGACUCCAAUCAAGGAAUAGGCUACAGACCGAAGUCCAUUGUGACACUGUAUGUCCUGAUGGGGAUUUGUUUUGCAAUGUGGGCAGUUCUCCUCUCAAUAGCAGUGGUGAAAUACUUGGAGGUGUCAGAGGAGUUAAAAGUUUUAAACUAUAACCACUCGGAGAGGCUAAUGAACGUGGUGCAGGACCUGGCUGAUGCACGAAUAGAGCGAAAGAGAAUCCAGAGUGACAUGAACAAAAGCUAUAAGGAACUGUGGGAUUUGGCAGCAUCCAUCUGCAGUGCUCUCCCAGAGUCUAUAAAAUGUGCAGCCGGCUGGAAGAAGUUUGGGAAAGCAUGCUAUUACUUUUCAAAUAUGACUACAGACUGGAUGGGUGCGAAGCAGUUCUGUAGUGAUCAAAACUCUUACCUGGUUAUCAUUAACAAUGACAACGAACAGGCUUUUUUGAAAGACUGUAAUAAACAGGAAAGGACAUACUGGCUGGGACUGAGUGAUGCAGUGGAGGAAGGCAAGUGGCAGUGGGUAGACAAUAGCCCGUAUUCUGUCAGCUUUUGGAACUUCGGGGAACCAGACAUCAAGGGUGAGGAAGAAGACUGUGUUAGCAUGAAGUCUACUGGGACAUGGAGCGAUUCCGAGUGCUCCCGGCCCAAUUACUGGAUUUGUGAAAAGACGUGGAUCUGCUGACCCACUUUUCAAACAUGCUCUUGUUAUGGGAUUGAGCACAAGUCCCACUGCUCCUCCUGCACCUGCUCAGUGGCUGACAAGAACUCGGUCCGGCUCCCCAAUAGCUGAACUGAAGAUGACAUUUGUCCAGAUUGUUAAUAGUGCUCUCCUGCAUGCUAGUUAGGGCUGUAGGUUCAGGGGUCCAACUGGUGCCCAAAAAAGUGGCAGUAGUAUACCUCAGCCCUGCUCACUUCCUCAAGUUUUACCCAUAAAACGCAGAGCAGUUGCACACUUCAGCUAAAAUGAUCAGCAGUUGAAAUGUAAUUGUGUUGACAUGUAAAUGGCCACCAUUGAGCUUCAGAAUCAACACCUACUUAAAACAAAUGAGGAAAGUUCAUGCCUCUCAGAGCUAUGAGGCCCAAUUCUUUACUUGCAUCUGUUUUAAACCAAAGUAACAACUGAUUUCAAUGUAGUUACUUCUGCAUCAGUAGGGUCUACUUAACUCUCAGAAAUUAUACCUUCUAUAGACUAAUUCUUAUACUUCAAAUCCACUCCUCAAAAAUAUGAUAGUGUUGACAAGACCCAUUAAGGGGAUGCAGCCACUUCACUCAUACUAUAUAUUUAGGCUUGGCAGAAUUAAUGUGUUUAUAUAUACAGUUUUGACAGAUAAAUAGUAUCAAUGUUUAAGUAUUUUUUAAAAAAAUCAUCAAUGUAAAUUUUCACAGUUGUAGAAAAUUAUGGGCAGGUCAGACAAUAUUUAUUUUAUGACAGUAGAUGUAGAUAUUCAAAAACUGAAAACAUUAUCACUGUUAAACACAAAUUGUCAAUGUCAUAUGUCAGAAUAUACAAAGUAGAUAUCCUUAAAUCAAACUCUAAUAUAUGCUCGAGCAGUAUUUUUCUUACUUUAUCUGUCUGUAAAUUCUGAUUAUUAGCAAUGAACAUUUUUUUUGUCAGUUUGUUUGUGUACUGUGAAAUCGACAUUUACCAACAUUGAGUGAUGAACAUCUAAUCCUUCCAAUAUUACAUAUAUUCCUCCUUCACUUUCUAUCACUCCAUGCAAGUUGCAUCUCUCCGUGCCUUAAGCCAUGCCCUUUCAUUCAUUUGUGGAAUAAUAAUUAUGUGAUUCUGUAGCUACAGUCAAGUUGAGUUUUCCACUUUAAAACAGGGAUUCUGCUUUAUUGCUACAUAGAAAGAAUAUAGCAUAUUUUCCUCAAAUGUGCAGCAAUUAUAACUGAGCACAGAAUGAAUUUUCUGAGGGUUUACAAAUAAGUCUGUUGACUAGUUUGGAUUAUAAUCAAUUAAACUUGUGUCCUUUUAAGAA